CCCGCCAUGACUGGCAUGAAGAGAUGGUACUCUCGGAGAGGCUUGAACAGGCAUCGACGAGGGCAAACGAACGAUUGAAGAUCAUUGUCACAUGGGCUCCCGAUGGAAGCAAAGAAGGUUCGCCGUUACACGGCAAUGGUGGGGGUUGGAUUAAGGUAACUCGGCCACUCCGGGGCAAUGACCCCAAAGAGACUGGAGAAAACGCCUCACGCCUGCCGUCUGUCGCUCACUGCGUGGUGCCGGUUUGCGGCGGGACUACAUAUGGUCCGAUUGUCUGGUGAUGGGAUCGCGUGGCUGACCUGCCUGGCCGGUUACCCCGCAGCUUUGCGCGAUGGUCUGCCGGGGAUGGAGGAAAAAGCAAGUCGACAUCCCUCAUGCAUGAUGCAGUGUUCAAGAGGUUGCAUUGGGCUGAAGAGAGUGUUUGACUUUGGUACGUUGGGACUGGUGUUGACGGCAGCCGUUAGCCAGUGACACUCUCCAACAACACCUUUAGUCGUGCGACUGCGGAGGUUUGGCACCACCAAUCGAUGGUGAUGAGCUUAAAUUGAAGUCC